AUAAUACAUAACAAAACCUCUUAAUGUUGUGUCUCAUUGUUUUCGUUAAAUUUAGGUCACAUAUUUUCCUUAAUAUCCAAAUUGAACCAUAUAUAUUGCUGUAAUAAAUUAGUUAGAAACAAACUGGAAAUACUAUCCGUAUAAACUUUCAUUCCAUUACAAAAGAAAAUGGCCAGCAUAAGUAUUUUCGACCUGAAAUUCAAAGACCUUGUAAAGGAUGGAAUAAGUUUUCUUAAACUUGAUGUAACAGAUCAGAAAGUUGCAGAAUUAAAAAAUAAACCAGUUAAAGAAGUAGAGGUUUUCCAAACUGAUCCAAACAUUUUAUCUUGUUCGCAUUGUAAUAUAGAAUUGAAAGACAUUACUGAACAAAGGGCACACUAUAAAUCUGAUUGGCAUAGGUACAAUUUAAGACAAGCUACACGUUCAAGAGAUCCCCUUACAUUGGAGCAGUUCAAUGACGAAUUAGAAAAAUCAUCAGCAAGCACAUCCAGUUCAGAAAGUGAUUCGGAAAACUUCGAUUUACAAGAUGAAUUGCUGACAAGUCAAGGGAAGGUGUUCCUUAAGACGUCUAGUGAUCUUGUUGUAUCGUUAUAUCAAUGUCUAAUUUUUCACAAAAAGGAGAUCUCUGCAGAUGUAAAUGUUAAGGAACGUUUGGAAAAAUACAACGAGAAGACCCUUUGCGGAGUUUUUAUGUUAGGCGGUGGUCGUUUUUCCGGAGCCAUUUUCGAAGGUACCAAUCCGAUCAAGCACAAAACAUUCCACUGUUAUACUGUAAGGGCUGGACAGGGAGGGUCCCAAAGCGCGUGUGAUAAUCGUUUAGGAUCUCAUCCCAAAAGUGCCGGAUCAUCCCUUAGACGAUAUAACGAACAAGCAUUAAAACAGCAUGUCAGCGAUAUCACCAACCAGUGGUCAGAAGAUAUUGAAAAGUGUGAUGUCAUCUUCUAUAAAGCUCCCGGACCAUAUAAUCAGUCAGUUCUUUUUGGAGGCAAAAAGCCAAUAUUAGAUCGUAUGGAUUCACGAGUGCGUAGUAUUCCACUUUCUACUAGAAAAGCCACAUUUUCCGAAGUAAAACGAAUUUUUUAUCUGUUAACAACAGCUGCAACUUACGAAUCAGAACAAGUAACGCUACAGUGGAUAUUCGAUCAGAAACUUAAUCUAGCCGAAGCUAUAAAGAGAAAACAAAAUUCGAAAAAAGUAAAUCGCUCUAAAUCUCGCGAAGGAGCCAAUCGGCCUGAUCCAUGUCCAUCGUCACCUUCACCUUCGGACAACAGUUCUGAAGAUGCCAUCGAAUUGGUAUCUACAGAUCAUAAUGUAGGUUUUGAGGAGUCAUUUCAAGAAUUUGAUGAUAGUUUAACACCUGAAGAACGGCAACGACACCGAAAGAAAAAAAAGAAAAAGCCAAAAAUUAAUAUUAAAUCGCAAUUGAAAAAACAAGAGGCGCAAGAAAAAAAUGAAAUUGUGACCAUUAUCGCUAAUGGUGACUUAGAGAAGCUAAAGUCAUAUCUUUGUGACAAGACAAAAAACGAAGAAACAAGUGAAAAAGAAAAAGUAGGUAAUGCAAUAAAUCUAGUGUUGGAUGAAGAUAGCAACAUGUUAUUGCAUAUAGCAGCUAAAAACGAAAAACCUGAAAUUGUGCUAUUCCUAUUAGAAAAUGGGGCCAAUCCAUGCUUAAAAAAUUCUAGACAACAAACUCCUUAUGCAUGCACCCAAAGUAAAGCUGUGCGAGAUAUCUUCAAGGAAUUUGCGAAAACGCAUCCAGAAAUGCGUAACUAUUUGGAAACGAUUGAAGAAAAUGAAGAGAAGAAAAAGGCCCGAAAAAAAAUGAAAAGAGACAAAAAGAAAGCAAAAGAUUUGGAAAAUAAAUUGAAAGGGGAAGAGGAAGCCGAAAGACAAAGAUUUCUGAACUUAAGUGACAGAGAAAAGAUGGCUUUAGCUGCCGAAAGAAGAAUACUGAAUAAAGGGGGUUCUGUAAUGGUCCGAUGUUUCCUAUGUGGUGCCGACAUUACCGGUAAAGUCCCAUUCGAGUAUUGUGGAAACUUGUUUUGCUCCGUGGAUUGUUUAAAGGCUCACAGUUUGGCUGAUACAGGGCAACAAAUUAAGUUGAUUGUGAGCCUACCCUCUACCAAAACCACCAGACCUAUGCCCAUGUCAUUCUUCAUUUGCUGUUUUACGUUCCAACUUGAAUGAUUAGAUGUUACAACACAUAAUAUUAUAUGGAAUGCUUCUUCUGUUGUUGUGAAGAGACGCUUCAUAUAUCAUAGUACAUAAAUACCUACUGUCUGGAUUCAUGUUUUCCUUUGGACUUCAAAGAUUGUAUGUAGCGUUUGCAAUAUCCCAAUGGCAACAUCACACAAAUGUGGACGUCAUUUACGGUGGUUGGCCGUUGAUUGUGGCAGUCUUUGUUUCACUCCAGAAUGAAGCCUUUGAUUUUCUAUUCACUAAACACAAAUGAGAAAACAUUGUGCAAAUUAUGGACACCACAUGUCGUGGGGCAUAUGCUGUAGGAGUCUUCUCUCGUUUAAAAUUAAAGAAGCCAGAGAGUGCCUUUUUGCCAUUGGAAGCAGAGAGAACGAAAAAAAGUUCCAGUGCACAAAAUUUAUAUAACAAUAAAUCCUUUCUGCCCAUUUCUAAUUCCAAACCAUUACAUACAACAUCGCCACUGUAUGGUGGCCAGUGGUUUAGCAGUCGUUCAGAUGCAGCAGUAGCUGACGGAAGUAUACUUUUUUGAUACUGGAAAUAGAAGCAGUGAGCUGUUGCUAAAGAAAGGAUUUGUGGCAAUGAAUUGAUUGGUCGACAAAUGAGAGAGAGCGUUGAUGUUGACGUCUACAAUCAUUCCAUUUUUUUGGGCGUGGUUUGCUGUGGAUGUCUUUACCUUGCAGCAUUAUGAAGUCAAUGGAAGAAAUGGAAAUGUAUCUGAAAAACACUGAAACAGCAAAGGGUAAUGCAUUUCGUUUAUGUAAACCCUUGAGCAUUACAUUCUACAGCUAAUUAAGAUCGACGGUGGAGAAGAAAAGAAGAUCCCAUAGUUAAAAAAGUUCUCUAUCUUGCAUGUUCUUAGACGUUCAUUUUAUUUGAAUUAGUUUUUAUUUUGCAUGCUUAUUUUGUUCAUUUUAUUUAAACUAAUUGUUGAUGGUAGA